CACUGUGGCUUUUCCAGCCUUCACUGGAGGCAGCAACUGCCCUCGUGUGCACUCUUCUUCAUACCAGAGCAUGCGUCCCAAGGUAAGAUGCUUGCUGUGAUGCCAGUCCAAGGCACAAGCUUGGGGAUUUGUCUCCGAACAUAGGGAGAAAGUAAAGAGAAAGUGCCUGCAUGUUCUCAAAUGAGGCUGAAAUUGGUGUUUGCUUAAAUCGGUCCAAAGCCGUACUGCCUGAAUUCAAUUUGCCUCCGGCAUUCAAUUAGCUCAAGAGUAGUGGCGCAAUUAGUUUUAGCCUCUGGAUUCAAAUAGGCUUACGAGGGGCACAUCUCACUUUAGAUAGUCAUGCGUGGUGUGCUCACUUCAAAAUGUGGUAAUCCAAGAUUGCUGCAUUUGGAAGCCCUUCUGCUCAGCUGCCUGGAGUGGGGCCCAGCCCUGCCCUGGUGAUGCCAUUGCUCAGGAGCAGGGCCAGAUUAAGAUUUGAUGAGGCCCUAAGCUACUGAAGGUAAUGGGGCCCUUUGUAUGUCCAGCUGUCCUUUGUCAACACUAAAUUGUCGCUGUUUUUUUGUGUUGAAUAUAUGCUAUAUGGUAAUUGAUGGACCUAAUAGAUAUCUAAAGCCAUUUGCACAUAACGAAAUAGGUAUUUUAUCAAAGUAAUUGUUGAACUAAAAUACAAUUAAGAAGUAUAUUAAUAGUGAAAUAAUUACUAAGCUCUAACUUAAAACGAUUUUUUAUUCAUAACAAACUUAACAAUGCAAACACAUUGGCAAUAACAAAAGUUCCUUUAGAAACACAAUUUACCCUUUUUUUUUCCUUUAAAUUUUUUUUGGGGGGCCCAAGAGAGUGGGGGCCUAAGCUAUAGUUUGUUUAGCUUAUACAUAAAUUUGGCACUGCUCAGGAGAAGCACAAAGGUGCUUUUAUGACAGCAAUGUUCCACAUGCUUAACUGAAAGGGAAAUCUUACUGAACUGCGUGAGAUUCAGGGUGCUUCUAGGUGGGGACCUAGUAAUGCAAACAGGUAUUUGACUACUGGGUUUCCCACCCCCACCCCCCAAAAAGACUGAAUAUGGAUUAAAACUGAGGGGCAGAUAUGGGGAGAGGGGAAUAUGACAAAGAUGUUGUGUGGUUGCAGCAAAAACAAUGGCACACAUGAGAAUCGCCAAUCCCACACUCUUGCUUAUAAGUAAGAUCAUGUUUAUGUAUAGGAUUAUUUUCACACUUUGGCAAGAAAAAAAAGAAAAGCCAAGCCAUCACCCUUGUCUUCUAGUGAAUGUAAUAGGAAUAUUUGAAGCAUGAACAUGAGAAAUGCAGAACAGGAUUUGAGUUCCAUGGAGCCUGAUCCUAUUCUUUCUUAUGCAGAAGCAAAUCCUACUGUGUUCAGUGGGGCUAGGUCACAGAUAAAAGUGCAACAGAGUUGCAACCUUUUUGUUUUUGAAUCCUUUUGGUGCUAUCUGUGUGUAUGUGUGAAUACUGUUAAUGUGGGGUAGAAACUAAUGAAGACCACAAAUUUUAGACAGGUUAUACCCUUGGGGAUGAUGUUGUAAUAUUAGUAAGUCUGCGUGACUCAUGUAGUGGUUUCCUAUGUUGAACAGGCUCUGUGCAGUUUAGAUUUCAAGCAUGACUGUUUAUGGUACUAAAAUCCAUCAACCCCAACUUCUCAUCAUUUCCAAGGGUUAUAUCAUUACUGUAUUAUUCUGGGUGCUAUUUCCAUAACGUCACUAACCUAGUUACUGGCAGGAGAUUUCACAUAUAAAUCUCCUGGGUCUGCACUCAAAAUCACUGCUGUGGUCUGAAAUUCUUAUCCCAUUCAUUAAUAUGCACUGCAUGGUUUUAAUUCUGAUCUAUUAUUGUGGUUUCAAUUGCUUUUUAUGUAAAUUCUUGACUUUAUGAUUAGGUUUGGAGUGAGAUGGUUCUAUAUUUUUUAUUGUUGUGACAUUUCAAUUUGUUAGUCACAUUGGGUUUCUUUGAAAAUUAAGCAGCACAUACAUUUUAUUUUAAAAAUACAUGAACUGCAAGCUGUGUAAAUAAAUUGCUGUUUUUAUCUACUAUUUAACUGGCCCAAUUAUGACAAAAAAAAUGUGAUUAAAGUGUGUUAUCUGGUAAGUAAUCUGCAUGCAGGUAUGGUUUCAAAUGUGCACCUACAGAGGAAAGUUUUAAAAGCUUAGAGGACUCACAGAAACAGACACUCUCUCCAAAUCUAGGUUCAAAAGCUGAUGUUGGGAAGUCAAAUGAAACUAUCUUUAAGUGAGGAUAUUUCUGGACAUUUAUAAUAUAAACAGUGAAGUGUCUUGUAGCACCUAAAAGAUACAUCCAUUUAUCUCCCGUACACUUCCAAACACCAGGAACCACUUCAUAGGAUGCAUUUGCAUCUAUUUGUGGACUCUGAUCCACAAAAGCUCAUGCCAUAAUAAAUUUGGCAGUCUUUAAGAUGUCACAAGGGUAUUUUGUUUUGCUUUGUUUCUUUGCUGCAGCAUACCUACUUAGAGAUUGGGUUGGCGUGCAACAAUGCUCUCCUAAAUUAUUUGCAUUGCACAUUUGACCGUAAUGUGUAUGGUUCACUUUCUUACAAUGUUUAAAAAGAUUUGGAAAACAUGGGCAAAAGGAAAUAAUGGUAUUCUUUGGUUUUCAUUUUUUCCUUGCCAAGGUAUUUUAAAUACUGUAUGUAAGUUAAUUUUAUUUAAAUCAGUGUAGGUUAUUUACUUGCAGCUUGUUCAGUAUGAGAAGGUGGGCUUCGUUCCUAGAAGGCGGUGUAGAGGGUUCGAGUUUACAACACUUUCGAUGUGUUAUACUUUAAUAUAUAUUUUUCGACUGGCCCUACCAAUAAACAUCAUUAGAACCAUGCUGCAGAUGUGCUUUAAGUUCCACUGUCAUUAACAAGUCAUUGUCUGCAAUCACAGGGCAAUAAAUCCCUCUGGAAUCAGUGGUGAUUGUAAACGCAUUUUAGUGGGACAAGCCAAUGAAUGGAAAGAAACUGCUUAGCAUGAUACAGUUUACAACCCCCUCUCCAAAUAAAUCUGUUGGAGGGUCAGUUGUGGUGCUUAAUCUGUGCCUUCAUCUAUGCUGAAGGGGAAAGGUUGCAGUGCAGUCCCAGAUUCGAUCUCUGGGAUCUCCAAGAUGGGCUGACCUGACAAGAGAUCCCAGCCUCAAAGCCUGGAGAGCUGACAACACUGGAUCACCACUGCAUUAGCAGGCAGCUUCUGGUGUCCUUUGUUCAACCUUAAUAUGUGUAAAUAAGCACAGAUGUAAAGAUCUAAUAAUUUUCUUCUGAGGGGAACCUAACCUGGGUGUUGCAGCCAGGAGUUUUGCACUGCUUGGAGAAAGGGAUUGAUCAUGUUUUGACACUGAGCCAAUCCAAAAGUUCUAUAGGUGGGGAUUAAUCGAUUAGUGCUCAUUCACACAUGCACAUCACUGUUUGGUGCAAAAGAUAGUCAAUGUGUCAAGCACUCUGUGUGUGUGUGUGCGCAUGCGCGCGCGCACGUGUGCUUGUCAUAUGAAGGAGAACAAAAUGUGUUAGGGUUUUGAGAUUCUAGAAACACAUUUUGCAAUAACACAAAUCACAUUGCUUGCUUUUCUUUCUCACUUCUGACAUCCUGUUAAUCCCUCUCUCUUUAUUGUGCCAGCUCUCUUGAGGGAACGUCUUGCCACUGAGAUACUGACUAGAUUUAGUUUCCAUUGACCUUAAAGGCAUUAACUACCCACUGCUCAUUUUGUUUUUCUUUUGAGAAGUAGUUUGCUUGCCCCAUUGUUCCUUGUUAUUCUUCUCCCAGAUGCUUCCUUCCUUGAUGCUGUAGCUGAAAUGCUUAUCUUCCUUUAAGUUUCCACCCACAACACAUCCUUUUCUUAACAAUUAUCUCAUUUCCUUUUGAUAAUAAGUCUGUUCCUUAAUCAUAUUUAAUCCUUGUUGGUAGCUGGCAUAACAUAAUGAUUAGGAGACUGAAUUACAGAUUGAGAUACACCAAGUUUCACUACUGCCAUGUGCUCACUUGGUGAUCUGUAGUAUUGUGGGGGAGUUUUAAUACUGGUUUACCAUAGAUAGCGGCUGUAAGGACUACAACUAGAACAUGAACACGAAGAGCUCGGAAUGUAUGAAAGCGCUACACAUUUUGUGCAGUGUUUUGUGAUUUAGAAUACAGGGCUUAAUUGGAGCCCAGGGGUUUUCUGAGUCUCAUCACCAGAACAACUUCUUCCAAUGCUAGGGCCUGGAGUUGAACAUGAGAAGUAACAAUGUGAAAAAAUACUUUCCAUGAGCUUCUGAGAAACAACAACCAGAGCCCACGCACCAGGAGUUUGUGAUAGGCAUCUAAGCAAUGUGACUAGUUCCAAUAGAUUAUUGGCAGUGGUGAGAGGUAAGGGACUCCCUGAUAAAAUUGACAAUCUCCAACUGCCGACUCAAUCCCAAAAUUUACAAUCUCAAUCUGCUGACUCAGUUCAUAUAUCUACCAACUCCAUCUUCUGACUUAGGCUGAAUAAACAUCAUACAUUUAAAGCACAUUAUUAUUAUUAUUAUUAUUAUUAUUAUUAUUAUUAUUAAUUAAAUUUGUAUGCCACCUUCAUCCAAAGAUAAGAGGGCAGUUCACAACAUAAAAAAUACAAAAUGAGAACACAAAAUUCAAAAUACAUAAUAACAACGAGAACAAAAGCAAACCAAUAACCAUUAGAAUGCUAAUCAGCCAAAGGCCUGGUUCUGGAGAAACGUUUCCGCCUGGUGCCUAAAGAUAUGUAAUGAAGGCACCAGACAAGAUUCCCUAGGGAGAGCAUUCCACAAACAGGGAGCCCUGCAGAAAGGCUUGUACUUGUGUUGCCACCCUCCGGACCAAUCAUGAAGGAGGUCCUCAGAUGAUUAUUGCAGAGUCCAAGUUGAUACAUAUGGAGAGAGGCUGUCCUUGAGGCACAUGUCUUCAAAGCACAUGACUUUCCCCAAAGAACCAUGGGAACUGUAGUUUACACCAGAGAGCUAUAACUCCCAGCACCCUGAACGUGCUACAAUUCCUGGGAUUCUUUGUGGAAAUUGAUAUGCUUCCGAUGCAUAUUAAAUUUAUGGUCUGUAUGCAGCAUAGUCCCAAUCACUUAGCUAAAUCAUGGCUCUGUGUGGUGUGUUCUAAAAACAGUGGUUUAGAAAGCUUCCACACAAGGUUAGCAGGCUGGACUGCCACUGGCCCUCCUGAAAUUUAAGAAUCAAAACCCACUACAUUAGGGAUAACCAAUGUUGUGCCCUACAGAUGUUGUAGGACUGCAACUCCCUUCAUCCCUGACCACUGGCCGUGCUUACUGAGGCUGAUGGGAGUUGGAAGUCCAACAACAUUUGGGUAGCACCACAUUGCCAGCUCCUGCAUUGCAUGAUAAGCUCCUCUACCAAAUUUCUACUCUAUGCAAGGAGAAGAAGUUUAAUAAAAAAAACCCAACAACACGGCCCUGUUUCCUCUUUAUCUGUUGAUGGGGCAUUCUCAGAUUUUACAGUCUUCAUUUCAUAAACAGAAAACACUUCUGCUAGGAAAUCCCAUGAAACCAAUGAGGAUCACAUGUAAUCAUUUUGAAUGUUUGUACAUCAUGGCACAGAAAUAUACAUGCACUGGGAAACUAAAGCCUAUCAUAGCUUCCCAGGUUGUACAUGCUGAAAAACACCAAUGAGGUCAAGUCUCAUUAGUGACAGUCCAUAGGUGGAUUUCAACUUCCCCACUAUUUAAAGAAAUGGGUAAAGUGCGGUAUGUACAAUGUGAAGUAGCCUUCAGGCCAAUGACCUGCCAUUUGUUAGUUCUUAGCUAGACAUGGAAAAGCUUCACUGCUUGUUUUGGGGAGUUUUGUCUGCUAUGGCAACAUUUUGAAAAUCCCCUGAUAUGGUUGCAGUGGAACAACAGCCUCUAUCUUCAUUAUGCACCUAGGCUAUACCCAAAAUCCAAAUAGUAGAGCAUUGUAGUGGCAAAAAAGGCUAUUGUGUAUCUGUAACACAUCUCUUUUUUCUAUUCCUAGUUAAAUGAAGGUCUCUGUUCCCCAUGGACUUUCCAGGGCCUGACUCUGUGCAUCAUAUGUAUUGUUCUCUGUAGGAUAAAGGGUAAGUCUAACAUGAUUAGUGCAUUGGGGAAAGUGUAAUGACUAGGCAAGGGUGGCUCAAGACAUUUUGCCACCUGAGGCAAUGGACAACAUGGUACACACACACACACUUGAUAUCGGGUAGCCAGCUGGACUGACUGCUGAAUCCUAAUUCAGUACUAGCAAUGGGGCACUGCACUGUCCUGGAGGGAGGUCAGCACCAUAGUUGUAAGGCUGGAGCCCCACAGCUCUCAUCUCCAACAGUAUGGACAGGGAUAUCAGGAGGAAGAGCUAAGGGCUGCCACCACCUCCCAUCUUAUGGCACCUGCACCAGUCACCUCAUUCUACCUAAUGGUAGAGCCAGACCUGUGACUAUGAGCCAGUAGACCAGCAAGUGUGGCUGGCAGAGGGCUAUGGAGAGUCUUGUGCUGCUGUGAGCAGGAUGGGCUUCUAUUUUGAGUCAAAGAAAUGUAUUUUUUUGGCAUCUGUCUGUCUCAGGAGACAAUGGAGGAGCACGCUUUGAGGGAUGAAGUCAAACUGUUGGAAGGUUGCAGCACCUGCUGUGGCUGUAGAGACCAAUGCAGGAGAGAUAUGUUUUGUUGCAGGUCAGGCAGAUGAAGGCAUCUGGUUGUGCUGCUACAAAUGAACCAUAGUGUUUCUUUUCUCUGUGCUCCUCCCAGUGGCCUUUCAUCUUCUGGUCACUGCACAGACACACACAGAGCUGCCUUGUGAGGUUAAGUAAUGUAUGCAGCAACCCUCUUCCCCAAAUUGUUCCUACCAUGAAUUUCAGAAAGGCUUCCUUUUCCCUCCACCUAUCCAGUGAAAGGUUUUUAAAAAAUGAAAGAAAAAUAUUUUGGAAUUAGCAGCCCAGUUCUAAUCUGUUCAUGGUUGCUAGAAGUGCAGAACAGGAAUUUUUGCAUAAAUAAAUAUUUUCCUUGGAUCUAGACCAAGGGAUUUGUAAGCAUAAGAUACGAGAGGUGAUUAUUAAUUAUUUUGUCUUGCCGCAGGUGCCAUAUUGACAAGUGACAGAGACGUGGAGCUGGGCGGCAACGCUACUUUGAGAUGUACCCUAACAAAAUCUCUUCCAACUGUUCAAGUUACAUGGCAGCAAGAGGUUAAUAAAAACGUUGUAAAUUUGGCAGCAUAUGACAACAACCAAAUUCCACAUAUUAAUGACCAAUACAAAGGUCGAGUCAAUUUAACAAUUUUAGAAUUCAAUGACACUGCCAUCAGCUUCUGGAAUGUUAGCACCCAAGAAAAUGGUUGUUACCGAUGCAUAUUUAACAUAUUUCCUCUAGGAUCCACUAGCAAAACAACUUGUCUUUCUGUUUACGGUGAGUCAUUUCAUAUUAAAAUAGCUAGAGCAGGGCAUUUCUUCAAAUAUGCUCCUUUGAUAAUGAAGCAAUACAACACACACCAUUAUCUCACCCCUGUUCCAGGGGCGCAGGACUUGCCCAAGUUUGGUUUCCUUAGGAAGGGUGUUACAAGAGCCCUACAGCAUUUCCUAAUACAUAUAACUACCGAUUGAGUAUAAUUGGAACUACAGCUUAAACCACAGGUGGUGAACCUGUGGUCCUUCAGUUGAUGUUGGACUACAACUCCUACGAUCCAUGAGCACGCUAGCUGCAGAUUAUGAGAGCAAAACCUGAUAGUCUAAGAUUACAAUAUCCACAGCAGAUCGGAGGCAGUAUAUUUCCAGUUGCCCAGGUCCUGCCUGUGGACUUCCUGUGGGCUACUGGCUAUCUUAUUGGCUACUGUGAGAGCAGAAUGCUGAACUUGAUAGGUCAUUGAUCCAUUAGGUUCUUAUAUUCUUCUAUGCUGAUAUGGGGAGUGGAACAGAAUACUAAGAAGCUCCGGGGACCAAAAGCUCAGCUUGGUGUCUGAUCUCCAUCUGCCUCAAAACUGCAGGCUUCUCCUUUCGUUUCCCUGUAUAUACAGAGACCUGGAUCACAACAUUUGUUAACUGUGCAGGAGGAUCUGUCCCCUUCUCUCAUAAUUCUUCCGAUUCAGGACAUUCCCAAAUCUUUUGUUAGCAAUGGGCUAAGCAAUUUGUUGCUAUGGCAACAUAUUCCUGAACAAUUAACAAGUCCAAGGUUCUGGCCUGUUAUGCCACAGAGAAACUCACACUAACGAAAACCCCUUUGUAAAACUGAUUAUAAAUCAGCCCACUGUGUAAUAAUGCUACAACAUAUGUUUUGGUUUUCAGCCAGAAUAUUGCAGUGUGGGACAUUGGGCUUGUCCACAUGUAUGGUGUGUUAAAUAACACACUAUAGCACACUACAGUUGAAGGAUGAUUGCUCAAAGUUAACAUAAGUAAUAGUAAAGGGACCCCUGACCAUUAGGUCCAGUCAUGGCCGACUCUGGGGUUGCGGUGCUCAUCUCUCUUUAUUGGCUAAGGGAGCCGGCGUACAACUUCCGGGUCAUGUGGCCAGCAUGACUAAGCCACUUCUGGGAAACCAGAGCAGUCCACGGAAACGCCGUUUACCUUCCCACCGGAGCGGUACCUAUUUAUCUACUUGCACUUUGACGUGCUUUCAAACUGCUAGGUUGGCAGGAGCAGGGACUGAGCAACGGGAGUUCACCCCAUUGCGAGGAUUCGAACCGCCAACCUUCUGAUCGCCAAGUCCUAGGCUCUGUGGUUUAACCCACAGCACCACCCAUGUCCCUUUUCCUACCAUAUAAGGUAAAGGUAAAGGGACCCCUGACCAUUAGGUCCAGUCGUGACCGACUCUGGGGUUGCGGCGCUCAUCUCGCUUUAUUGGCCGAGGGAGCCGGCGUACAGCUUCCGGGUCAUGUGGCCAGCAUGACUAAGCCGCUUCUGGCGAACCAGAGCAGCGCACGGAAACACCGUUUACCUUCCUGCUGGAGCGGUACCUAUUUAUCUACUUGCACUUCGUGCUUUCAAACUGCUAGGUUGGCAGGAGCAGGGACCGAGCAAUGGGAGUUCACCCCGUCGCAGGGAUUCGAACCACUGACCUUCUGAUCGGCAAGUCCUAGGCUCUGUGGUUUAACCCACAGCGCCACCCGUGUUCCUACCAUAUAGUCUGCCUCUAAUUCAACAGUUUGCAGUUUGCCCUGCUGAGUCCCUCACUGAUACAGUGGCAUCUUUUCAUCUUCCUUUUAUUGCCCACCUGCGGUCCUUAUGGUGAAGCAUUUUGUGCCGUCAUUUAUGUCACAGGCCGCCUCAACACAUUUUUACACCACAGCAUCUCUGAUGGGCGCUUGAAUGCCACCUGCUCAGCAACGGGCUUCCCACGUCCCAACAUCACAUGGGUUGCGCCAAGAGGCCUGAAGGAGGAACACGAGAUCACAAAUCCCAAUGGAACAGUAUCGGUCAUAAGCAAUAUCCUUGUAAAUGCCUCAGAUAGCCAUUCUGGACAAGAGAUGAUCUGCAAGGUUACACACAGGGGGAAAGAGAUGGAUCUCAAGGUACCAAGAAAAGGUAAGUGAGCAAAGCACUCGGUGCCUGUCAUCCUCCUAAAAGGUAGCAAACUUUCACCUUAAAAAUCUUGUAUUUUCUUUUCUUCCAUUCUACAAGGGAUGGUGAACCUGCAGCCCUCCAUAUGUUACUGACCUACAGUUUUCCACCAUCCCUGAUCAUUGUCCAUGAUACCUGGGGGCAAUGAGAACUGGAGUAUAACAACCUCUGGAGUGCCACAAGUUUGCCAUGCCUGAUGUAAAACAAAAGAAAAAAUUCAGACUAAAGAGAGGCUUUAGUGCAGGGAUGUGGAACAGGUUCCAGGUGGCCAAUUUUGGCAGUUGAGUGGGGCUACCCACCUGUCCACCCCUGGAUCCUUUAAUACUGUAUAUUUCACACUUCCCCUUAUCAAGUAAUAAUUAUCAUUUUAUUCUAUUGUUACAUGCAUGCAUUCUUCCUUAUUUUUCCCUCCUUCAAGAUGGAUUUGGGCAUGUGCUUUUAGUCUCCCUCUGAAAUUCUUUACUCUUACCUCUUUCAUAAACUGAAACACACUCACUGGUUUUCAGUGAAUGCAUUUUGAACAUAUUCUUAGAAGUUAUUUCAACCUCUAGUCAUCUCACCCACUACAGCAAAUUAAGGACCUCACUUUCAAUGUAGAAUUGUGAUUUUAUUCUAUAUUACAUUAUUAUAUGAUAUUAUAUUAUAAUAUAAAUCAUUGUUAUGUUAUGUUAUGUUAUGUUAUGUUAUUGCAUUUAUUACAUAUUUAUUUAUUUAUUACAUAUUACAUAGACUCCUCUCCAUACUGUCAGCAAUUAUUUUCUUUCCUCCAUAUAGGCUAUCCAUAUGCUGUGGUGGUAACUGUACUUGUCCUAAUUUCUCUUACUGUGGUUAUUAUUGCGGUGUGCUGCUGGAAACGACACCAAAAAUAAUGCAGAAGUAAGUUAUUUAAACCAAAAGAAGAUAAAUAUACGUUGUUGCUAUGCAGACUACUUGAAUGGUAGCCGAUGCACAUAAAAAUGCUGGAUAGCAGCUGAAUGAUAGGGCUUGUGCUCAGAAAUGGAGAGAUAUGUCAAUUUUGGUUUGUCCUGAAUUCUCAGUUUUCUGAGAGCUCCCAGCUAGGCUCCGCCCCCUUUUGUGCUUGAAGAGCAGACCAGAGUGAAGACUACUUCUACUCGGUCAGCUCCCCUGGCUCCGCCUCCCCAGUCACGAUUGGUUCGUUUGAACUGAGGUUUGGCGGGAACCUCAAGGUCUGUGACCUGAAGAGGUGGACCAGGAGCACUUUGCCGGGAGUCAUGGAGAAUCAGGGGUGCUGUGCAUGGGCACGCAAAGGAUGCCCUCCAUUUUAUGGGAAGAGUGGUUAUUUUAGCACAAAUUUAUUGACUGGAGAACACCAUCACAAUUUAAAAAUUAUGAAUUUCAAAGGUUGGCUAUGUUUCAGUUUUCAUAUUGUUUCAUAACAAUACUCCGGACACCUGUACACAUGAUCUCUACACAUGUGCAAGUGUUUGCAUGGAAGUAUACACUUGUUGUACGUCCCAGUCACUGUGUACACAGACUGUACACUCAUUGCACAUUACACAGGAAUAGCAGCAGGGUUGUGCAGCUCAUCUGUUGUGUACACGGGGACCAAGAUGGAACACACGAUGAACGUAUUAUGUGAACAUCUCAAGUGUUAUCUCAUAAAGAGGCUUUGCAAAAGUUCUGAAGCAUUACCAGAACUACCAUAUCAGUAUGCGUGUGCUUUCCCCCACAGGGCAAAAAGCAUUUUGUGUGGAUGGGAGAAAUAUUUUGACUGGGAAAAUGUCAUGGAAGGAAAGGCUUAAAUGUCAUUCACAGCUCUGUAUUCCCAAUCUGGUUCAGGGGCUUCCCAUGCCCCAUCUAGCUUGGCCCAGAGGUGUUGAUAGACUUGAACUAUGCAUCAUAGGCAACACUGAUGAUAAUAUGACUUCCCAGUCCUGGGAGAUGGAGUUUUCAUUGGUCUACAGCCUAAAUUCCUUCAUGUUUAAAAUAUGCUCCAUGAAUUGGCAAGGCUUGUGAACAAAGAAAUUACAUUCAGCGUUUAACUUUCUCCAGGCAGCUUCAUUUGAAACAGCUUUAUUCCUGCUUAAGUCAUUCACAACGUUUAAACAAAGUGAGCUACCCAUAACAUUUUAGCGAUGAGGCAGUUAAGCUUAGUGAGAGUUUUGGAUUGAUGUCAGCCACAACCCCAUAUGAAGCUGAAGAUAGAGGCUUCUAGAACUUUCACUUCCUCUCUCUGGAACUUUCUUUUUCCUGCACGCAAACAGGCACGCACACACAUACAAGCAGAAACUGGGCCACCAGCUGAAAGAGACUUUUCAGAGGUGGAAUCGCUUCCCUUACAAAUCAAGGCAAAUUAACUGUGGUGAUUUAAAAUUAGACUUUUGUAAAAAUGCAUAUUAUUCAAUUAGGAUUUUGAAUGCCCCCCCCCCAGGUUUAAAUGAAAAUUCUAUGAAAAAUGUAUAUGUACAGUGGUACCUCGGGUUACAUGCACUUCAGGUUACAUACGCUUCAGGUUACAGACUCUGCUAACCCAGAAAUAGUGCUUCAGGUUAAGAACUUUGCUUCAGGAUGAGAACAGAAAUCGUGCUCCGGCAGUGCGGCGGCAGCAGGAGGCCCCUGGUGCUUGAACCUGGUGCUUCAGGUUAAGAACAGUUUCAUGUUAAGAAUGGACCUCCAGAACGAAUUAAGUACUUAACCCGAGGUACCACUUUAUUGGAAAUGAAUUUAUUUUUUAAAAAGGAAGUUCUAACUGGAAAAUUAAAUGUUCAUCAACAUACAAAAUCAACUUUAAAAAUGUAGGGCAGGAGUAAAAAAUUUCAGCUGACCUAUCCCAAAUCCUAUAUCUUGACAAGCUCUCUACUUUCAAAUUUCCCCCUCAGCUUUCUUAUGAGCCAACAAUGUUGUGCCAUACCUCCACUGCCCAGUCUCUUGUCUGGAACCAUAUCCGGCUUGAAAUUCCUGGAAACAUCAGAUUAAGACAGAUAAGGACAGUCAUAGGGAGUGUCUACCAUAACUUAAAGCCAAGUAUCAUAAGGAGGGAUUUUGUUUCCUGUGCUAAACAAAAGAAAUGGACACUUAUAAAUUCUUAUCUAAUAUUCAGAGAUGUUUUCGUAGGGUAGCCUAUCAAGGUUUUUACAGCACUGAGGAAAUAGGAACGAAACUACAAAUUAAGGGCAUGUUGUUCUUGACGUGAGAACAUAUUCUUCUCUUGCUGGGGCUUUAGGCUGUGGCAAUUUUUUUAGGAGAUCAUCAUGGCAGCCAGAGCCCAUGGAGUGUCCAAAAAUGAAGGCAGUUGUGUUGCUCCAUUGUGUAUGUGUGUAAACAUGCAAUCACACACGCAUGCACACAAAAGCAUAAUAUCCAGUUUAUUAGGGAUCAGCCUGGCUGAAACAUCUGCAUAAUUACAGAUGUACCUCAGGUUAAGUACUUAAUUUGUUCCAGAGGUUCAUACUUAACCUGAAACUGUUCUUAACCUAAAGCACCACUUUAGCUAAUGGGGCCUCCUGCUGCUGCUGCGCCACUGGAGCAAAAUUUCUGUUCUCAUCCUGAAGCAAAGUUCUUAACCUAAAGCACUAUUUCUGGGUUAGCGGUGUCCGUAACCUGAAGCGUAUGUAACCUGAAGCGUAUGUAACCCGAGGUACCACUGUAUCUGGACAUAAGCUCUAUUGAACUCAGCAGCGCUUCCUGCUGAAGGCAUAUAAGAUGAUGUGUGUCAGAGGUGAUUCAUACAUUAAUAAACAAUAGUAAUGACAAUAAUAAGUUCAACGUCUGAAACUCACAGCAGGGGUAGCUAGCUAUAUCUUCAUAAAGAAAUCUGCUCUUGUAUAUCUAGUACUUUCUUCUUGUAAGGAAAUUGACUUGUCAAAGGAUUUCUUGAAACAUCUUAAUUAUUCAGACAAGUGCGGAGCAAGAGCAACACCCAAACCUGCCCUUUCAGCUCUCAAAAGUCCUGUUUCCUAUAUAGACUGGAUCCCUUCCAAACAGUAGCAGCCAAGCCCCAAACAGGAUAUAUUGCACAAGAACCCUGACCUUUCCCUUCACCUUCAUAGUUCCAUAUUUUCUCUUGCAGCUAUGGAGUGGCUUUUUAUUCUGAAACAUUUUUGAUUGUCACACAAGUGAGGGCUGCACACCACACACUUCCUCCUGCAAUGUGGGUUUGUGGUUGUGGAGCAGGAGUAGUUCUGAGAAAAAAAGCAACGUUUCUCUCAAGAAAUAAGUAUUCCUCAAACACUCAUGUGCAAUCUAUUCCUGUAUUCCCCCUCCCCCUUUCUUCAGCAACCUGGGUCCUAUUUAAAUAGGGCUUGUUACAGAAAAUGCAAGUUUAGUACUGUUUCUGCCAUGACUAUGUAGAGCCCAUUGCCAUACCCGGUUGGUGUGAAAUUUUUGAAACACUUAGAGCAGUCAUCUCAUUCUUUCCUCAUACACUAUAUAUAUGAAGAUUCAGGAAGAAAAGUGAGAAUAGACUACAUUCAUCAUACACAAUGGGAAAAAACUAUGAAAUGGCCCCCUGACAGUUGAAACACGCCUGACAUUGUCAUUUUUUACCCAUUUACCCAGGUUUUAGGUGGGUACAGUGAUGCUCAUCUUUUAGUUGCUGGAUGAGCAUUUUAAGAAUUUUGUAUUGUACAUCUUUUUCUAAUUUGGCUCAUAAUUUUAGAUUUUACUUCACUAUAUAUUAAGUUGUUAAGUUACCUUGUAUCAUGGCAACAAAUAUAUAUAUAAUAUUGAUAAAAUAAAAUAAUCAAAACUACUCUAUCUAUCUAUCUGUUCUCUUUUAGGAAUCUAUUUUUUUUAUAAGAUAUUUAUUAAAGUUUCAAAAAUAAAAAAAGAAGUUACAAUAGUAAUAAUAAAAAAAGAAAAAAGAAGAGAAAAAAAUAAAAAAAGAAAGAAGAGAAUACAAAAUACAAAAAAAUAAAAACAAUUAAAAACAACUCAAUCUUUCCAUAUCUUAUCUUUCAUUCACUUGUUUCCCUGACCUCCUCACACCUCCCCUUUUUGUAUUCCAGUUCAGUAAGUUAAUUCAGCAAAUCCUUUCCCUCUUUGUUUUUAUCUUAGUCCUUUGUCUUAAUAUGUAAUAACUGUAUAUUCUCAUCUGUUAGCAGUCCAUUUUUACAUACUCCUUGUAACAUUGCUACUAAAAACCCCUUAGCUUCAUUCCAACAUCAUUCUAACAUUCAUUAAUUUUACAGUAUUUCUGUAGAUAGUCUUUGAAUUUCUUCCAAUCUUCUUCCACCGACUCUUCUCCCUGGUCUCGGAUUCUGCCCUCUUUUAGGAAUCUAAGGGAUUAAACCAACAUUCUGAAUUUUGUUCCAGGGAACUGAAAAAAACAUUCUAGCAACUGUGUCUAUAUAACUAGAAUGUCCUGAAUGCAGCAUCAGUUUAAAGGAGAACCUGGACCAAAUUUGUGAUUCAUCAUUGUCAACUUUUCCUCUUUUUCUACUGAAAGGACCUCUAUGGCUGAAGCUUACAACUCUGCCUACAGCGAACAAUGGCUGGUCUCCAACAGGAAAAUAACAUGUAUCUUGGCAGGCCUACCUUCUAGGUAGUCCUUCCACCAAUAUAGAUGCCAGAUUUGUGAACUGUGGCCAGAUCAAGUGUCAACAGAAGUAACAGGCCACACGCAUUUUCAGUGGCAAAUACAAUAUCAGCUGGGAUCCAGAAGUUCUCUUGUACAAGCAGAAAGCAUCUCUAUGGGUACAACCCCCCUAGAUUCUGUCAAUUCUCCCCUCUUAAUGCAGCCUCUCUUACUACAUCCCAUGUUUUCCCCAGUGGUGGGAAAGCACCAUUGUCUGAGCAGUGCCCUGCUUCUUUGUCACUGGAUCCAACCCAAAGAAAAUGAACAGGCUAGUGCUGAAAUCGAUUUCAUUUUAAGAAAGUAAUAAUUAGAACCUACCAAUCAGGUAAAAAAAAGAAAAGAAACACAGGGAAAAAAGGAACGCAGCCGGUAAUAAUGUCACAUGGAUUUUGUUAAACCUGAGAGAAUAAAGGGAUGUCAAUUUCAAAUUAAAUGGCUCAUAUAAAAGGAACCUAAGUAAAUCUUUAUUUAUAGAUGGGCAUUAAUUAUUUCCUGGUGUUAGUUAUCCUAACUGUGCUUUAUGGCAAGUUCUUGUACAUUUAUUGUUACCUCUUCUGUGGCUACCUCUCUUAAAAUAAAUCAUUGCACUGAAUGUAUGGAAAGACCUGCUGCAUUUUAUGUAGAAACCAAAUAAAGUAAUUUCAAAGAAAAGUGAUAA